UAGUCUCGAGUCUGUGGUAUCGUAAUCGGUUAUCGGCCCUAAAGUCUAAACUAUAAGUAUAAGGUUAGGUUUUAUUUUUAUUAGUUAAAAGUAUUAUAAAUAUAAGCAUUAUCGCUUAUAUUACUUAUUAGAUAAUUCAAGUAGGUAAAUAAAUUGCAAUGCCUAAAAAUAAGAAACAAAAGAAAGAAAGUUCAAGCAGCGACAGUGAUGACGGACCAGUCGACAGAAAUCCUCCUCCGGAAAAAAAAGCCAAGAUAAGUUCUAAAACAGAUGACAAGGAGCCAACUUGGGUUUUACAAGGCAAAAAACUUGUAAAAGUUAGAGAAUUUAAAGGAAAAGUUUAUGUUGAUAUUCGAGAAUUUUAUGAAAAAAAUGGUGAGUUAUUACCUGGAAAAAAAGGCAUUUCCCUACAGCCUGAUCAGUGGAGGAAACUAUUGUCUUUAGGAGAUGAAAUAAAUGAAACUAUAAGUUCCAUGUGUUAAUUUAAUUAAACUUGUUGAGUAUAA